AUGGCUAAGGCGAGCCCGGCCGUUCCAAGAAGCUCUUAUCUCCUGCGGAGCGCUUUUCUUCACUCCAGAGCAGGUGUAUCGGAACUGUCACGAACGGAGCAAGUUGUAUUAAAAAAGGACGAAUAUGUGAGGAGAUUACGCUUGGAUAACGGAUUCAGGCCACUGGAAUAUAAGAAUAUCGUCAUCACGUUCUUAAUUGGAAGGCUUACUUUUGAAGCUGAUGUUGGUUGUGCAUAUUUGGGGACUCAAAAUUACUUGGAUAAAAUAUGGCGUGGUCAUAGAUUCUACUGGGGGCUACAUCAUGGUGGCUUUGGAUUGUUUCUGAUGCGGGAGUGGGUUUUCAUAACAGAUAGGCGAAAACGAGAGGGGACUCAUCCAAUGAGACUGACAGAUAGAUCUAUUGCGCGUGUUCCUUUCCAAAAUGGGCCAUGGGCGGGAUGA